AUGCCAAAUACCAAAUGCCAAAACCUCUCAUCUGUUCAAUAUCUAUCUAUCUAUUUAUCUAUCUAUCUAUCUAUCUAUCUAAGUCUAUUCCUACCUAUAUCAAUCAAUUCAUUAUCUAAGUCUAUUUUAUCUAUCUAUCUGAAUCUAUCUAUCUAUCUAUCUAUCUAUCUAUCACAGUCUGUUCAUUAUCUAUCUAUCUAUCUAUCUAUUCAAAAAACUCAUUUCAUUAUCUAUCAUUUAUCUAUCUAUCUCAUUUUUUCUAUCUAUCUAUCACAUCUAUUAUCUAUCUAUCUCUAUCUAUCUAUCACAGUCUGUUCAUUAUCUAUCUAUUUAUCUAUCUAUCUUUUAUCUAUCUAUCUAUCUAUCUAUCUAUCUAUCUAUCUGUCUAUCACAGUCUGUUCAUAUCUAUCUAUCUAUCUAUCUAUCUAUCUAUCUAUCUAUCUAUCUAUCUAUCUAUCUAUCUAUCUAUCUAUCUUUCACAGUCUGUUUAUUAUCUAUCUAUCUAUCUAUCUAUCUCAGUCUGUUCAUAUUGAUCUAUCUAUCUAUCUAUCUAUCUAUCUAUCUAUCUCAACCUGUUCAGUUACUAUCUAUUAUCUAUCUAUCUAUCUCAACCUGUUCAUAUCUAUCUAUCUAUCUAUCUAUCUAUCUCAACCUGUUCAUAUCUAUCUAUUAAUCUAUCUAUCUAUCUAUCUAUCUAUCUAUUGCAGUCUGUUAGAUUAUCUUAUUAUCUAUCUAUCUAUCUAUCUAUCUAUCUAUCUAUCUAUCUAUCACAGUCUGUUAAUUAUCUAUCUAUCUAUCUAUCUCAACCUGUUCAUUAUCUAUCUAUCUAUCUCAACGUGUUCAUAUCUAUCUAUCUAUCGCAACCUGUUCAUAUCUAUCUAUCUAUCUAUCUAUCUAUCUCAACCUGUUCAUAUCUAUCUAUCUAUCGAUCUAUCUAUCUAUCUAUCUCAGUCUGUUCAUAUCUAUCUAUCUAUCUAUCUAUCUAUCUAUCUAUCUAUCUAUCUAUCUAUCACCUGGCCUGCAUGA